AUGAAGUUCUCCCUCCUUGCGGUGCUGGCUUUGGUCCUAUUUGCAGCUCAAGCAAAUGCCCUGUACUGCUACACCUGCAACUGGGAACAAAGCAACUGGAGCUGCCUGAAGGCGGAGAAGUGCUCGGACAAGGAUGAGUACUGUGUCACCAACGUGGCCUCCGUAGGAAUUGGCUUUUUGUCCCUUUGGAAGAGGAUCACCAAGAAGUGCUCCAGCACCUGCCCACACCACAACUUCCUCCUGGGCCUGGCCACCUACACCUCCUACUGCUGCCAAAGCUUCCUGUGCAACCUGAGUGCGUGCCCAGGGCCCCGGCUGGCUCGUCCAUGA